UAUAUCCCGUAUGUAUGUACCAAGACCGAUCGCUCCUUCUCUUGAACCGCCAGUACUCUGGAUGAUUUAGUUUUCUGAAUUCCCCAUCUUGAUCGGGUUAGCGUUUCCAUAAGGACUCCUCUGUAGUAGUACUCUUACCUUCUACCCAUAGUAAUUAAUUUCCUGGCAUUUUUCUCGUCCGCGUGAAUAGAUCGUGCAGCGAUGCAUGCAUUCCGUUACCGUUAGUGGUAAGGAAUUUAUUUUCAGCAGACACUACGUGCUGCACACAGAUGCCAGACAGACAGCUAACGCAUGAAGACUACCACACCACACCCGCGUCGUCAGACGUUUCGUGUGACGGUUAAGGAAGAAGGAGGAGUAACUCGCAGUAGUUUUACUACCCACUCUCUCCUGUCACCACCACCAUAGAUUCACUAUUUCACUGUGGGAACUGGGAACCCUUCUUUUUUAGGAGGCCAACCUCACAAUCACAAAACUACGGUUCAGGCAAGAGCCAGAGCUUGAGCUCCACGAGGAACAGCUACCGAUGGCGUUUCAAACCGGCAACAAUUGAUGGCGAUUCUGCUGCACAUUUACUCCGAUCCCCUUCUUGGUUAGCGCACUUGCAUGCGUAUGGACGAAUCGUCUACCGUAAACUCUCAGUAACCUCCGUCGCAUGCGCAGGAGUUACUGUCUCAGACUGAGCAGUUUACUGCCUUCCUGCAUUGCAUGCAUGCAUGUUGACCGUAGCAGAAAUACUCCAGUAGUAGUUGUAUAUACAAUUCCUGCAGUGUCGAUUCUGAACUGAACUUUGAGAUGGGAUCUUGCGUGAGAAAUGCUGAUGAAUAGGCGUAUUCAUUGGGAUCGGGUCCCCGGCCGGCCUCCCACGAAACAUACUAUGUGGCCAGCGCAGUUCGUAUUGAAUUCGACUUAGAUUUACGGGGUGGUUUGGUCACUUGGUCUCGCCGGGAUUCGGAUGUGCAUUUUGGUUUGGGACCAGGUUGGCAUCUGUAGAGCAUGCGUACGUGCAUACUGCUGUGCUGCGUAGGUAUCGCCCACUGCAUUCACGCUGGCCAACACAAGGGAGAUGGGAGUAAAUGUAAGAUCUGAAGGACGGACCAUUUCAAAAUGUAUGGAGGAGUACUGUUAGUACUUAGUAGUACUACGUUUGAUCUUAGCCAAAUGGACGAGAAAGGAGUACAAUUUGUACUUAGUUGCUGGGACUUGGAUUCUGAAUUUGUUUUCAACUUGCUAUAAAAUACUCCCUCUGUUUUUGUCGUGGUUUUAUAUCAAAUUUGCACUAAAAUCACGACAAAAGUUUAGAAACGGAGGGAGUAGUUUAUCAGGAGUUUUGCAGUCAGCAAUCUGAAGGCUGAAGCACCCUCCUGCUAAUAGACUGAAUUUUCCUUGUGUGACAUUGUGCAGUCCAAUUAUAGUUAACUUUUCUAGGCAAUGGGGCAGUCCAGUUUAGUGCAGGACUUACUGAGCUCGGCAGACGCAAGAACCAUUAAUUUCUUGGUCUUUUCUUCCCACGGGCCGCAGAGCUGAAAGGAGCUGCAGAAAUACAGGUUGGGUGCUACCUUUGUCAAACACAGCAAUGAGAGCCUGAAACUGUUGUCAGAUACUUGUAGGCAGCAAAUGAUGAAGAUCCAAUGCCAGCAAAUAUGCAAACCAUUUUUUCGUUGUCUUUGUUGAUCUUGUGGGCUCGGCCUCUCAUCUGCCAGAGCAAAUGCUCUGUCUCCAUCCUUAUUGCGAUGAUUUUGUUUGUCUUCCUCCGGGUAAGGGCCCGAUCACGUCGGAGAGCGGCUACCUGAAGCGGCAGCUCUCAGAGUCGAGCGACAUCGCCGUGGACCUCCCGGCGGGGCUCACGCUCGACGACUUCGCGGGCGCCGUGGCGACCUGCUACGGCGCCGCCGCCGACGUGGCCCUCUCGCCCGCGGGCCUCGCGGCUUCAUGGGCCGCGGCGGGCUGGCUGGAGCUGAGCGCGGAGGAUGGGCUGGCCCGCCGCGCCGAGGACUACUUCUUCCGGGAGGUGGCCGCGGACAAGGGCCGCGCCGCGCAGGUGCUCCGGUCCUGCGCGCCGCUCCUCGGCGGCGGCUGCGGCGAGGCCGCUGCUGCGCUGCUCGUGCGGUGCCUGGAGACGCUCGCGGCGGCGUCCGGCGGCGGCCAUGGCGGGUGGCUGGAGGACGUGGCGGCGCUGCCACUGGAGGAGUUCCAGGUGGUCAUGGAGGCCAUGCGCGCGCGGUUCGCGCAUGACCAUGACCUCAUGUACACCAUCGUGGAUCACUACCUCGAGAACCACAAGGGGAAGCUGACGGAGGAGGACAAGAGCCGGCUGUGCUACAACGUGAACUGCGCCAACCUGUCGCACCACCUCUUCAUGCACCUGGUCCAGAACCCGCGCCUCCCGCUCCGCUUCGUCGUCCAGGCCAUGCUCGUCGAGCAGCUCCACUCCCACCACUCCAUGCUCCUCACCCACCACCACCACCCCGCCGCCGCGGUCUCCGCCGCGCCAUUGCCACCGCUGCUCCUCAAGAGGUCCGUCUCCGGCCACGGCACGUUCAGCGCCGGAGCCGGGGACGCCGCCGGGGCCGGCAUGUCGCUCGGCGACAUCCUGCAGCGGGACGCCGUGAUGCGCCAGUCUGCGCACAUCCGGGCGUCCAUGCAGGCCACGGGGCGCCGCAUCGACGCCCUGGAGCGCGAGCUCGCGGGGCUCCGCGGCCGCCUCCGCCGCUCCGAGCAGCAGGCGGCGGCCUCGGCCGCGAUCAUCGACGACCGCGCGUCAGCCAAGUCCGCCAGCUUCCGGAUCCCGCGCAACCGGCUCUGGGACGGGGAGGACGUGACCCCAUCCGGCACCGGCAUCGGCGCCGGGAAUGACAGCAGCGUCGGCGCCAAGGUGGGCGGCAUCAGGUCGCGGCUGCUGCACGGGUUCAAGAACCUGUUCGGCCGGAGGCCACCAGGGGCUAACGGCAACGCGCCGCCCGCGAGCAGUAAUGGCGGCACCGCGGAUGUCUUCGUGGGCGAGAAAGGCUCCUCGCCGGAGCCGGGCGAGGAGGAGUACUGGAGUCGGCCUCACCGGAGGAACCUCUCGGUCGUGUGAUCGCUCUGGUCUCUGAAUCGGUGCGGAGGUAUAUUCCUGUGUCAGAGUGUCAAGACGACUAUGAGUAUCAGAUUACAUCGGCACCGUUGAUUCUCACACGGCCGGCCAUAUGAUUUUACAUUGUUCUGGUGGAAAUUUUUGGCCCUUGCGUGCAAGUUUUUAGGAGCCACCCGAUCUCGGGGUUUAACUUGAGCAUGUCGAUACUGGAAUUCGAGUGAAUUGUACUGUUUGCACCACAAAAUCUUGUUUAUUGACAGCACCACAUGAUCUUGUUACAGUCGUGCAAAACGAAACACCGGGACAUGCUAAGAUGGGUAAUAUUUCGGACCCAGGUUUUCAAUAUUGGCCUAUUGGGUGUGUCAAUUGGUGUAUUUCUGACAUUGGAUGGAUCAAACACACUAUGAUUUUAUUUUUUUA